AUGGAAGGACAGGACAGUUUUGGAGAGGCUACUCUCACUGUUCUCCAGAAUUAUCGACCUUCUGAAAAUAAAACUUGUUGGACAUAUUCCUUGUCUCUGCAUUUAGCUGACAGUAACAGCUCCUGGGGUCAGGAUUCCAGUCAAGUCGAUCUUUUGGAAUGGGCUGCUGGUCCUGGCAGGUCCGCCAAUCCACUGGAAUGUGGGGCCUGGAAGAUACCUCAAAAACUACCACCAGGUUCAGAACACAUGAUGCUAUCUAUGGAGAAAAGCUCCAGAAUACACAGAUUCACCGCACGACAGGUUUAUGAGGACAUUGGUGACAAGUCACUGACUUCGGGAUACACCAUGGGGCACAAUCACCAAGGCAACCCUGUUCAAAGAAGAGCAAGAUGUUGGGGUCUUUACCGAAGGAGAUUUACCAAUUGGUCUGAGCCAGUCACAUUUGGCAUGAAUCCUUCAUUUCAUCUGCAGCAAGAAGGAAAUGCAGCAACGAGUGAUAUGCAAGUGGACUCUCCAGUAAGAUUCAAUCCUUAUGCCAUUCCACCAUAUCAUCGGAGAGGUACUAUUCAUAAACAAGACCAAACCCAGGUUAUCACAGAAAGAGAGAAAAAAUUUCCAGAGGGAAAAAUGGAGUGGUGCAGGCAGGAUGGUACAUCUGGGAACUGGUUCAAGAUCACAAUUCCAUUUGGCAUAAAAUAUGAUGAGAAGUGGCUGCUGGAUUUGAUUCAGAGCCAAUGCAGUGUCCCUUUCACUCCGUUUGAGUUUCACUAUGAGAAAAUGCAGGCCCACUUCUUCGUGGAGAGUGCCAGCAUCGCCUUUGCACUGAGGAGUAUCAGUGGCAACAUUUGGGACCAGGAUAAUGAAAGAAUAUCAAUCAUCGUCACUCCCUCUGACAUGCCCCACUUUGUGCAGAAGGACCUGAAAAAGGCAGGGCAGGUAAUACUGACCAUGAACAAAUAUGAUACCUCCCAGGAAGCACUUGACAUCCAGAAACUCCGCUUUGACACAGGUAUGGCUGAGGACAGUAAUUCUAUAGCAGACUUGAGGACACAUGAUGUCAGAAUGGCACCAAAUCCGGGAAAGAGCAUGGCUGUAUCCCUGCACAUUGAGGAAGAGAAAAUGUCCCAGCUUUUGCCUUUGAACAUGAGCAGUAUCAAACCCUAUCAGCUGCCUGGCAUUAUGGCAGAAGCCUCCAACAUAAACACCCUGAAUGAGGUGAAGUCUAAGGUGAAGUCUGCAGAGGAGAUGGACAAGGAGAAAGGGCUGGAGCCAGAAGAGAUAUGUGUGGACAGAAAUGACCCAUGCACCACCUUUCCGGAUAAGUCCAGCAACAUAAACUCCAUCUUGGAAUUGUUCCCCAAGUUAUUAUGCCUAGAUGUCCAGGAGUCACCCAGUCCAAAUCCAUGUGGUACUGAAGCCCACAAGAUGUUACCACUCAGCAAGGGAAGCGUCUUUGCAUCUGAAACAUUGAAGAAUCUGGUCAUGCAAUUCCUGCAGCAGUAUUACUUGAUCUAUGACUAUGGAGAUCGACAGGGUCUCCUUGGUGCUUAUCAUGCCAUGGCCUCCUUCUCCCUGACCAUUCCCUUCAACCAUGAGGACCCAACUUCGAGCAACUUGUGCAAGUACUUCAAGGAAAGCAGGAACAUGAUAGUGAUCAAGGACCCCUACCUGAGGAGGCAGCUGCUGAAGCACACAAAAUAUGACAUUGUGGACACCCUCAAAAUGUUGCCCAAAACUCAGCAUGACCUCACCUCCUUUCUGGUGGACAUGUGGUUCCAGACGGAAAGGAUGCUCUGCGUUUCUGUCAGUGGAUUGUUUAAGGAAGUGGAGGGAAAGUCCCUGGGUUGUGUACGUGCCUUCUCUCGGAUCUUCAUCACUGUUCCUAUGAGCAAUACCAGUCUGUGCAUCAUAAACGAUGAGCUGUUUGUGAGAGACAUCAGUUUCCGAGAGAUCCAGGGUGCCUUCUCCAUCCCAGUGACCACACCCUACUCCGGUUAUGUGCAUGCCCUCUCCCAGGAGCAGGAGAACAUGGUUGAGGCUUUCUCUACCCAGUUUGGGAUGAAUCUCAAGUGGUCUCAGAAGUACCUUCAUGACAGCAAGUGGGACUACACCAGAGCUACUGAAAUCCUUGCAUUGCCCAAUGUGGUAUCUGGGAAUUCAGGCCAGGUGAGCAGAGGCCUUUGGGCCUGGGGAUGA